CACGCAAUUAAGUUUUUAAUUAAUUGUUCUACAAAUGGAGGAAUUGACGAUGGUUCUGAAUAUGAUAUUGGUGGUGCUCCUGUCCAUCUCCCUGCAGGCCUUUUCACAAGAACGCUACGAUGACUUGAGGAUUGACUGUGGAGCAUCCCACCGAACUCCAAUAGGGAAUCCUGAUGGUCGCGUUGUUUCAUGGCUCACCGAUGAAAAUUUCACUUACUCUGGAGAAAACCAACUACUCAGAUACAGCCAAAACUUUAGCACAAUGAACUCUCUACGAUAUUUCCCUGAUGGCCAGAAGAACUGCUACUUCUUACCCUUAUAUUUAUCAUCAUCGUCGCCAUCGGGCAUCAAGUUUCUGUUACGAGCAGGGUUUUAUUAUGGCAAUUAUGAUGGCCUUUCCAAGCCUCCAAGUUUUAAUUUGGAGAUAGAUGGAAAUUUUUGGGCAACAGUAACAACUAAUUCUACGAGUAAUAAUGAGCCCGUUUAUCAUGAAAUGAUUUAUUGGAUCGAGAAAGGUAGCGCACAAGUGUGUUUGGAACGUAUUGGUGAUGGGAUUCCAUUCAUUUCUUCCCUUGAAGCUACGGUCAUGUUUGGGGACAAAAUGUACCGGUUGAUGGAGAACAAGACAGCUUUGCUUCUUCAUAGCAGGAUCAAUUAUGGUGCAAACAAUACUAUUGAGUGA